GCAAAACUGCAACCAGUGAGAAGGUAGGUAUUAAUGCUUCUCCAAGGAAACAAGUGCUACUAGAUAAACAAAUUGUGAAAGUGGUGGUUGCAAAAAGAGAUGCAGUUCUCCGCAAAGCCUGCAACGUCACUGCCGAGUGAAGCUGCUCGGUCUUUUGGAAAUGGCAAGAAGAUCAAAGGCAAUCGCCAUUUCCCUACAACUGCAAACUCACGUCGAAUACCAACCUACAUACGGACGUCCCUCGAAACAUCUACCACAACUAGUUAAAAGACCCCGAAACAAUCAGUAGCAGCACGCAUUCACGUCCACCCCGCGCUAUCCACCGCGGCAUGUUCUAUUCAGGCGCAUAAUCCUAUUUACGACCGUGGACCAACAUGAAGAUCUCAGAUCAGGAAAAGAGCUUGGGUAUAUUUCUCAGGGAUUUGCCCAGAGAGUUCAACAACCGCUACACAGAAGAGGCAGAUUCAGUCCUCCGCUCUCGCCUCUUCCGCUCUCUCGUUGGAGAUGAUGAAUCAAGGCUGCACCUUUUGUUUCCGAACGGAGUACCCGAGGGUGGCCAAUGGGUGUUACGCGAUGCACAGGGCGCUGUCGAUGGUGCCGAAUACACUGCUGCCGCAAAAGGUCACCCAUGCGGUCACAUCUUCAAGGUUGGCGAAUCUACAUACCACUGCAAGACGUGCGCCGCCGAUGAUACCUGCGUUCUCUGCGCAAGAUGCUUUGCCGAGUCCGACCACGAAGGUCAUAUGGUUUACAUCAGCGUCUCUCCGGGCAACAGUGGCUGCUGUGACUGCGCCGACGACGAAGCCUGGGUUCGUCCCGUGCAUUGCACCAUUCAUAGCACCGACGAUACACCAGGAUUGAAGGCUGCUGGAAAGACGAGUCAGACACCGACCUUGCCUGACGAGCUGCUCGACGUCGUACGCAUGACUGUCGCAAAGGCCUUCGACUACAUGUGUGAUGUUUUCUCCUGCUCGCCUGAGCAACUACGCCUCCCGAAAACAGAGGAUACCGUUCGAAGGGACGAGCUUCUUUCGCGCCUUACCUCACAUCUCUACGGCGGUGCCGAGGUCGACGAGUCUGAUGAAGAGUAUGCCUUGGUUCUAUGGAAUGAUGAAAAGCACACCGUCACCGAUGUACAGAACCAGGUGGCCAAGGCUUGCAGAAAGACAAAGAACUUUGGUCUGGAAAAGGCCAUGGAGGUCAACGACGUCGGCCGAAGCAUCAUACACUACUCCACCGAUCUCGCCGAACUCUUACGGAUGGCUGCCAUCAUAGAACAACUCAAAGUCACCGUCACCGUUCGCUCCGCCAGAGACACCUUCCGCGAGCAGAUGUGCAGCUCGAUAGUCGACUGGAUCUCGGAUAUCUCGGGGUGUUCCAUUGCUUCUGACCCUCACGUGCUUCGCAACACCAUCUGCGAGGAACUGCUCAGGCCCUGGCGCAUGGGCAGCGAGGCCACCAAUGCUGCGAUAGGAGAGGGUGGUAUUGACGAUCAUGAGCACGAAGAGAACGUGAGACAGCGAAGACAGGAGGCUCGAUGGUUCCGUCCUCUUGCUGGUAUCAACGUUGUGAGAAUCAAUGUUGAAAAUGACGACGACGACGAAGACGACGAGGAUGACGAGGAUGGCGACGAAAACGAUAUGACCAUUGAAGAUUUCAUGAUGGCAGGACAGGAUGAGAUUGAUGCAGAGGAAGCCAUGGACCUGGAUCUCGACAAUGCCGAUCCCCUCGCUAUGGCUCUUGCCGACAACGAUAUGGACCUUGAUCUUGUGGAUGUCGACACGGAAGGCCCUGCUGAGAACUUUGAAGCAACUCUUGCCGGAUAUCCUGCACCACCUCCACCGCCUCCAACGACUCGCCGCCGGACAAGAUCAGCGACCCUGAAUGAAUCUGAUGACGGAGAACAACAUCCUUCGUCAAGACCAGAUCCUCCUUCUCAACCCUCAGCACCCUUUUCGAAUCUUCCCAAAACACCGAAGGUGAGAGUCAAGUCGAAUCGUCCUCCUCGACCUGCUCGUUACUGGCUCGAAACUCCAGAGGAGUAUAGAUCACAAUCAGCGUCUAGCCCAGCGGAGGAUCUAUGGCAAAGAGUGCGUCUCGACUAUCUCAUAUUGUACGAUCUGAGAAUGUGGAAAACACUUCGUGUUGAUCUGCGCCAUCUCUACAUCAGCACUGUUGUCACUGUACCUCAAUUCAAGCGUAUCCUAGGGCUGAGAUUUGCUGGUCUCUACACAAUGCUGGCUCAGCUUUACCUGAUUGCCGAUCGCGAACCGGAUCACUCUAUCAUCAAUCUUUCGGUUCAGAUGCUCACAACUCCAUCUAUUACUGCAGAAGUCGUCGAGAGAGGCAACUUUCUGACGAAUCUUCUUGCUAUCCUGUACACUUUCCUCACCACCCGUCAGGUAGGGUUCCCUAAAGACGUCAACCCAAGCGCGACACUUGCUUUUGAUGCGGGCGCCGUCACCAACAGAAGAAUGUUCCACUUCUUCCUCGACACACGUUACAUGUUUCAGUCCGCUUUUGUGCAAGAAAAAGUGCGAAACGAGCCUCGUUACCUGAUGCAGUUCUUGGACUUGGUCAAGCUUCAUCAAGGUAUCUGUCCCAAUGUUCGUGCUGUUGGCGAACACGUCGAGUACGAAGCCGACGCGUGGAUCAGCGCGACUUUGAUCAUCAAGGAGAUCAACAGGCUGUGUCGUCAAGUCGCAGAAGCCUUCAGAUGGAACGACGAUGGUGACAUGACUCCUGUGCAGAACGCGAUCAGACAUGCUGCACAAGCAACAUUCAUCAAUGCUUUCGGUCUUGAGCGCAACAGAUUCCUGAACGCCGAGACCAAGGAAGCCCAAACUUUCGUGAAUCUUCUAAACAAAAAGAGACCUAAGUACGUCGAGGCAAUUGGACGCGAGGCGACGUGCCGGGAUGGAUGCUACAGUGUGCCUCAAUUCGACGUAGCGACUGGAUCCAUGAGUUUCCACCACCCCCUUCAUUAUCUCUUGUCAUGGUUGCUUGAGGCUGGCGUACAUGUCCCACGAGAGGACAUGCUCAGAGUGCUGCAAUUUGAUCCAGCAGACUUCAAAGAUCCUUGGCAGACAAGCUGGAAAACGGCCCCACAAGUUGGAACAUAUGAUUCAGCUGAGAUAAUGUCCAUGCUCUUUGAACACCCUCUACGAGUCUGUGCCUGGCUGGCUCAGAUGCGUGCCGGCAUGUGGGUACGCAAUGGUGUGACCCUUCGUCACCAGAUGCAUCAGUACCGCGGAACUACCCAGCGGGAUGUUUCCUAUCAGCGAGAUAUCUUCAUGCUCCAGGCUGGCCUUGUGCUGUGCGGAGGCGCGGAUGAGUCCAUGGGCGAGAGGUUCUUGGCUCAAAUUGUCGACAGGUUCAAUUUGUCCGGAUUCGUUAAUGGCGCGUUCGAUCUUUGUCCUGAAUAUGAUGAGCACCAGAGACUUGACGUUACAGAGGAGUUCUUCCAUCUGCUCAUUAUCCUGCUUAGUGAGAGACAGAAUCUCCUGCCUGGCCAGGACAAACCAAGCCAGCACGUCAAGGUCUUGCAGCGCGAUAUCGCUCAUGUUCUCUGUUUCAAGCCGUUGUCAUUCUCGGACAUUUCUAAUCGUUUGACCGAUAGAGUGGCAGACUCAGAGGAGUUCGACACAAUCCUUGAGAAUAUGACGAACUUCCGUGCUCCCGAAGGCUUGAACGACUCCGGCACGUUUGAGUUGCAUCCUCGCUUCAUCGAGACCAUUGACCCAUAUUAUGCUUACUACAAUCGCAAUCAGCGCGAGGAAGCUGAGACUGUCUAUAAGGAGUAUAUGGCCAAGAAGACGAAUCAGACAGCAGCGGAUAUUGUCUUCGAGCCUCAACUUCAUCCGAUCGAUUCUGGACUUUUCAAGCACCUGGGUGCAUUCACUCAGACCACUUUCUUCAGCGGGAUCGUAUACUGGGGCCUGGAGUUCUGUUUGCGCCAUGACGAGGCAGUUGAUAACGCACAAAUCACCCGCAUUGAGACAAUGCUUCAUGUUAUUCUCCACCUCACCCUCUUAGCUGUGAUGGAGGACGCUACUCCAAAGGGCCCAAAGCCGAUGAUUGCAGAAGACAGCUUUGUCAGAUUAGCUAUCUCAGUUUCGCAGACUGAGGAAAGCCCAGACAAGACCAUCAUGGACGCUCUCUUCCGUUUGUCGAAGAUCAAGGCAUUCGCAUCUUGUGCCCCCAAGGCCAAGCGUAUACUUGAUCGAAUGUCUGAGAAGUGGCCAGAGGAGUUUGCCAACGCCAAGUUGAGGUUGUUGCCUGCUGAUGGACAAGCUGCUGCUGAGGCUGCUCCUGAGCCGUCUGAGGACAAGGAGGCUAAGAAGAAAGCUGCGCUUGAGCGCCAGGCCCGAGUGAUGGCACAGUUCAAAGCCCAACAAACAUCCUUCAUGGAAAAUCAAGGCUUGGACUGGAACGAAGAAGACUACAGUGACAUGGACCAAGACGAUGAUUUAACGGAGAGGGCCGUUGAGACCAAAGUGUGCCCCUUUCCCAAAGAACCGUGUAUUCUUUGUCAAGAAGACACCGACGAUAGCAGAGUCUAUGGUACUUUUGCCUUCAUCGCACCGAGCAAAAUCCUCAGGCAGACCCCUCUCGACGACAAGGACUACGUCAAAGAGGUUCUGGAUACACCCGAGAAUCUCGACCAAUCUGCAGACGCGAUCCGACCUUUUGGCAUUGCUAAACUUGCAACAGAGAUGGUCGAAAAGGUGAAUACAGAUGGUUCAAAGAGUAGCCAAGAAAGAAGAGGUCUUGGGAAAGGCUUCCCUCACAACAGUGCAUUCCAAGGACCAGUGCUCAACAGCUGCGGCCACAUCAUGCACUUCAGUUGCUUUGAGGCUUAUCUCGUAGCCACCAAGAGAAGACAUACACAGCACAUCUCACGCAACCACCCUGAAAGACCUGAUACAGUGGAGUUUAUUUGCCCUCUCUGCAAAGCUCUAGGAAACACGUUCCUUCCCAUCAUCUGGAAGGAUAAGCAUUACCGCCCGUCGUCUAUUCUCGAUCAGCAGCAAACCACCUUCGAUCAAUGGAUCCUCGACCAAGAGGCACUUAGCGUUGCUGAUGGGGUCGGUAGACUGCCGUCAAGCCUCUCCGUGCGCGACGCACAUAUGGAUUAUAUGCAGAAGGCCUUGGUCCAAACUUUGGCAUCUUCAUACCCACAGGCAUCCUCUUCUACGCAAUCUGCAGAUGCUCGCUCAUCAGACCCUGAGUCAGAUGCACCGAGUUCCGAGGAAGAGUCAAGGUCAAUUCUUCCGGACAUAGUCCGCAGAGCGGCAGCCGAGUUCAACAACAACGCCACUGGUCUACCCGGCCUGGAAGCACUGGUCAAUCUAACACCUCGGUUGGAGACCUUGACCAACCUUGCUAGCAGAUUCGACAACCGUAACCGACCUGCUGCGCCAUCCUCGGAGCUCAGCAGAGCAUACAUCCGCAUUGAGGAGAGCUUGAGUCCCAUCGGUGCCCUGAAGCCCAACACCAUUGGACUGGAGCCUGGCACACAAUCUUCGACUAUUCGCUUGGCCGAGACACUCUGUAAUACCUUGGCUUUCACUAUCUCAAGUGUUGAAAUCUCCUAUAGAGGCGUUGCGAAUCCCAUCGACAGCGAAUCUGGAACCUUCCUCGACUCAAUUUCCGAGCAGAGUAUGAAGACCUUGCGCAUUCUGUCCGAAACCGUUCGCACCGCAACUGCAACAGCUGCUGUCAAGAGUGGCAUACCCGAGUAUCUCAGAGAAGCCCGAGUGCAUAACUCGUGGGCUGGUCAGUUGAAAAAGGUCCUUGGCGACAAGUCCGGUGAAAACCCAGCACUAGCCGAUGCUUCGUUGUUUGGUCACGAUGUGUUUAACUUCUUCACGAGCUGUGCAAUCAAUGAGGUGCCCAUGGGCCAAAGUAUGCACCACAUUCUCCGACUGUGUUAUUCUGCAGAGCUGGUUAAGGUCAUAUUUUCGUUUUUGUGUCGUUCCUCUCUAAGAGAAGCCUCAGAGAACCACCAACCAAGCAGCUGGGAUCUUUCGGGAAUCAAGAAAUUUCAGGAAUGGUUCAAGAACCAUGAAGAUAUGGAGUUCAGCCCUCACACUUCUGGAUCUAGCCUUGCUCAAGCAAACUUCUCAGACCUAGAAUGGAAUGCACCGGCCCUGAGCAAAGUGAUUGACACAUACGCUUUGGCGUUCCUCAGAAAGGCUCUACUGUUGACUCAUAUUCACUUUGGAGUCGACUUUGCUAAUGCUAACGUGGAACCGGAGUUGCCAGAGCUGCAACGUUUGGCCAGAACCCUCCGUCUACCGACACCUCAAGAAGUUGUGGCACAACUUGGACAUGACGAAAAGUUCCAGAAGAUCGCAGCGCACUGGGUGAAUAGUGUAGUUGUUAGUACCGCCACGAAGGAAAGAAUGCGCAUCGAUGCGCAAUACCUCAGUCAUCCAGCUAUUUUUGAGCUUGUUGGGCUGCCCAAACAUUACGACACUCUAACGGAAGAAGCUAUCAAGCGACGCUGUCCCACAACUGGCAAAGAGGUUUCAGAUCCUGCAAUCUGUCUGUUCUGUGGCGAGAUCUUCUGCAGUCAAGCUAGUUGCUGCAUGACAGACCGCAACAAGGGCGGUUGCUUCCAGCAUCGCGAGAAGUGUAGCGGUAACAUCGGUAUUUUCAUCAACAUCCGUAAGUGCAUGGUUCUGUUCCUGCACCACAGCCAUGGUAGCUGGUACCAUGCGCCUUACCUCGACCGUCACGGUGAGGUCGACCCUACCCUGCGUCGCCACCACCAGCUAUUCCUCAACCAGAAGAGAUAUGAUAAGCUACUCAGGGAGGCAUGGUUGAACCACGGCAUUCCUAGUGUUAUCUCCAGAAGACUCGAGGGCGACAUGAACACUGGAGGAUGGGAGACACUCUAGAGAGUUGACUCUCAUUGCAUUGCUAGCAUCUGCAUACGGAGGAGUUAGGGAUACAUAGAAGGUAGCAUCGAACAUGAAAUCUCCAUUCUUCCUC